AGCUUUUGGUCUCCUUCCUGUGUGACGUUUUGCCUCUGGGAUCGGGUUUCAGCGUUGUGAUACACGGAGGCCUUUUGUCUUUUUUUUUUUAUUGGACUGCACCAGGAUGACAGAAAAUUAUUCUUUCUUCUAUUUGGACUAUUAUAAUGACAUGGAUGAAGCUCACACUGAGGUCCCAGCUUUUCAGCUGUGUGCUGGUGUGUUUGUCAGCAUUGUCUUCGUUAUCAGCAUGCUUGGAAACAGCUUCAUCAUGUGGGUUUUCCUGAGGGAUAAGGCUUGGAAGACAACUUCUGACUUAUUACUUCUGCAGCUCACAGUUUCUAACCUCUGCUUCACUGCGACUCUUCCCUUUGCUGCAUGCAACAUGCUCCAUGGAUGGAUCUUUGGCGAAUGGGCCUGUGGAAUCUUCAGAGGCUUUUUGUUGCUUGGACUGAACAGCUAUGCGGCAAUCUUCACUGCCAUGGCUUUUCAUAGUUUCGUCACUGUGAUCCAGCCAUCAUGUCUAUCUACUCAGAACUUAGGUAGACAUAGAGUCCUCAUUUCCAGCGUCACAAUCUGGCUGGUGUCUGCUGCUGUGAGCAUUAAGUUAGCAGUACACAGUUAUGUCACAGAUCCGCAUCAUGGAUUUAUGAUAGUAUGUAUCUCUGAAAUGCAGUUAAUUGAAGUUAACAUCCAGAUAUUUCUUUUCUUUGUCAUUCCCUUCAUUAUGGUUACGUUCUGCUACUUGCACAUGUGGAUAAACAUCUCAUCAAGCAGCAUGAGUAGCUCUCCUCGGCCUUCCAAAAUAACUGCAUGUAUAACAGUUAGUUCUCUUCUUUGCCUGACCCCUUACAAUAUCCUACUUUUUAUAAAUUCUCUCAUGGCUUUGGGUGCUGUAAAUUACGACUUUAGGGGGCUUUAUGUGAUAAACCGUCUAGAUUUCUUCAGUUUUAUACUCUGCCACUUCUGCUGCUGCCUGAGUCCUCUGUUUCAAAUGUGUGGAACACAAAGGUUUAGAGGGCGGUUUAAAGGGCUCUGUAGCACUCCGCCGGAAAAUCAUGAGGAUGAAGAUUAAGAUGCCGGGUCAAUGAGAUUAGGAUCUUUAGUUUCUGGUUUUAGAACUGGUUUCCAGUUCGGAUUUUGAAAAUGUUUUUGCAUUUGCAGACAUAAUUCCUUUUUCUAUUUUUUUAGAGAUUAAAAAGCUAAAUUUUGAAGGAAAGAAAUAGAAAUAGAAAGAAAGUGACAAAAUAAAAACGUGAAGUGAAAAGUAAAAUAACAAUUAAAUGAAAAAAUGUAAUUCCCUUUUACAUACAUUUCUACAUAUUCCAUAACACAUCAACUUCCAUUUUUCUGAACAGAAUAAGUAGAUCAAAAGUGACAAGCUGUGCUUUAAAAAGGAUCUGUAUUUAGUUUUAGAUAAUCCUGCUCCAAAUUAAAUGUAAUUGUUAUAAAUGUUGGAAAAAUAAAAAAUCUGAAUUACUCAGAUACAAAAAAAAAAAAAAUGGUGAAAGUGCUAGAGCUGAACAUUAUAUCAAAUCCCAGUUGACUGCAAUAUCAAUGCACGCCAUAUCCCCAGCGCAAAGUAUCGGUUGGAUCCAGGAUGUGUUAGGAUAUUAUAUUUUACAUUCCCUGAAUGCAAAAUGGACAAAAUAAAAUAAAAUUAAGAAAUAUAAAUAUUCAAAAUAUAUGUCAAUAAUAUUUACUGCCGGUUGUGUAGACCUGACCUAACCUUGUUACCUUUACUUGAUUAUUUUUAGUGGCUGACAAGCUAAAUGGUUUAACUUGUUUUAUUGGUAAAAAAUGCUUCAAACCAUGGAUGUCCCUGCAUGGCCUCAUGACAUUACAUACAGUAAUAUACAGUAUCAGGAUCUGACUAACAAAAGAUAAAAAAGCAAAAUCUUUUAAGGCUUUUCUUAUACAUAAAGAUUUUUAACAACUGAUUUGCAGAUGUGUUUAGGCUUAUACUGUCAAAUCUGUUAAUAGCAUAACCUCAGCCUGAAAUUAAAAGCGUUCACUGAUUUAUUUAUUUAUUUUAAUUUUAUUUUAUUAAUCUUUUUUUUAACCAUGUCCUGUCCGGCAGAGUAGCGCUCAGAAUAGUUGUCUGAGUGC